AGUCCAAAGGCUCGAUGGGAAUUGAUUGAACCUUUAAACAACUUUAAACCACCUCCUUUGACUAAUCAUUCAUUGUCAGUUUAUAAAAACAAGAUCUAUGUUUUUGGUGGGGUCUAUAAUAAUGAAAAGAUCUCAAAUGAUUUGUGGUGUUUUGACGCAUUAAUCAGCAAGUGGAUUCAAGUUACUACCACAGGUAAUGUUCCGCCUCCCGUCAAUGAACAUGCAAGUUGUAUUGUUAAUGACAAAUUAUUUGUUUACGGUGGUAACGAUUUCAGUGGUAUAAUCUAUAAUUCUUUGUAUGUAUUGGACUUGCAUACUUUAGUCUGGUCGAAAUUGAUUGAACUGGGCGAAAAGAAUGGUCCUGGUCCAAGAUGUGGUCAUUCAAUGACAUAUUUACCAAAGUUUAACAAAUUAUUAAUUAUGGGUGGUGACAAAAAUGAUUAUACCAAUUCUGAUCCAAAUGAUUUUGAAACUUAUGAAUUGUACAAUGGUGAAGAAUAUGGAACCAUGAUUUAUGAAUUAGACUUAGAUAUUGUCGAGCAUUUCUUAUCCUCAAAUGCAACUUCUAAGGCCGCAGCUAAGUCUCCUACCAAAAAGAUGGCUGCUUCUGCUGCUCCUAUUACUCCUGCCGCCGGGGAUGAUUCGAGAAACAACCUGUUACGUCAUGCAAGAAGUUACUCAGCUGGGCCUGAUGAUUUCAAAACCCCAAAUGUCUCACCAGAGAGAACACCUAAAAUUGUUACAGAUUCCGAAAUUCAAUCCAAGCAAAAUGACACUCUGUCGGGAGAUACGUUUGUGGAUGUGGAUGUUCCAUCUGGGAAUAUUUCAGAAAGAGACAUUUCUGUUGACGAUCAAAAAGAUUUCGUACCAUCUGAUGAUGAAAUUCCACCAAUGUCUCAACUUAGGUCUCGUGGUGCAUUAGGUAAUAAUUCGACCUUAGAAUCUAAUGGAAAUCGUCCGAAAGUAUUAGGAAAGGACUAUAACUAUAUAAGCUCUAACGAGGAUUUAAGACAAAGCAACAAUGCUACUCCGGUUUUAGAAAGAAACUCGGAAGUUCCAUCUUCGUCCAUUAGUAGAAACGGACAAGAAGAUUCGAAAAUCAAAAAGUUAGUUAAUGAGUUAACAAAUGAAUUGAAUGAUUUAAAGGCUUCCACGAAAGUACAGAUGCAAAACGCCACUGAAAAAAUAUCUCUAUUGGAACAAGAGAAUGCUUCCUUGAGAGAAGAUGAUAAAUCCAUUAAUUUGAAAGGGCAGCUUCAAGAAAAAGAAGCAUUACUCAGUGAAAAGGAUAAUUUGAUUUAUGAAUUAAAGCGCCAAAUUGACCCGGCUUCGCUCGCAAUUAAUGAGGAUGAAAGUACAGAAAGAGGAAUCACUGCCGGAGGAAUUUCUGAAUUGAGCAAAUAUAAGUUAGAAAGGUUGGAAUUAAACAACAGACUAAUUUAUUUGGAAGAUGAAAACUCUGCAUUGACAGCUAAGUUUGCUGAUUUCGAACCAUUCAUGAAUAAUCAAAUUGGACAAUUAUCAAACUUUCAAAGGAUUAUUAAAGCGCAAGAAGAAAAAAUUUCCAAAUUGUCAAGCCAAGUUAAGGAUCAAGAACCUUUGCAUAGAGAGAUUAAUGAUUGGAAAAAUAAAUUCCUCAAUUUGCAAUUAGAAUUUGAUAAUUACAAGACCAUAAACGCUGAUGAUCAAUUUUCUGAUAGCGAUGGCGAACGUUUCGCUCAAGAAGGUGAAGAAGUUAAUAGAUCUAUCGCUAGUAACACAUCUGCCAGCAAAAAGUCGAAAAAGGAAAUCGCAUCCCAUUUGGAAAGUUUAAUCACUUUAUGGUCUGCAAGAAGUGCAUCUGAGCAAAGAGAUAUGUCGGGCAAUAUUAAUCCUAACUCUGAAAGCUCUGCAAUGGUAACCAAAUUACAAAAACAAUUAGAUGAUCUAUUGAAAAUUAGUAAACAACAAGAAAUGGGAUCAUCGAAUGAAAUUCAAAGCUUAAAGAACGAAUUAAAUAUUAAAUUGCAACAUUUGAAAACAUUUGAAGAAAAUUAUAGAGAUGCCUUGCAAUCUGUUAAUAAUACUAGUAAAGCUCUUAAUUUAACUCAGGAUGAAUUAAAUAAUCAAAGAAUCAUGAUGGAGAAAUUGAUUAAAGAGAACAAUGAAUUGAAAUUAUUCAGAAGAGCAUCAAGAAGAGUUAGUGCAAGAACCCCUAUCAUUAAUGAAGAACAAUUUGGAGAUAGUGGUGUUACAUCGCCAGCGAUAUCUGAAACGAGUCCACAUGAUGAUGAAGCUGCUAUUUCAAAUGCCCAUUAUAAUAUGAAGGUAAAAGACUUAGAAGCGGACUUGUAUAUUUUGAAACAAGAAAGGGAUCAAUUGAAGGACAAUGUUACUUCUUUACAAAAAGAAUUGUAUCUUUCUCAAAAUAGUCAAUAG